AUGACCAGCCUGUUCCGCCGGAGCAGCAGCGGCGGCGGGGGCGGCGGCUCCGCCGGGGCGCGCGGGGCCGGGGCCGGGGGCGGAGCGCCCGCCUCGCAGGAGCUCAACAACAGCCGGCCCGCCCGCCAGGUGCGCCGCCUCGAGUUCAACCAGGCCAUGGACGACUUCAAGACCAUGUUCCCCAACAUGGAUUACGACAUCAUCGAGUGCGUGCUGCGCGCCAACAGCGGCGCCGUGGACGCCACCAUCGACCAGCUGCUGCAGAUGAACCUGGAGGGCGGUGGCGGCAGCGUCUAUGAGGACAGCUCCGACUCGGAGGACAGCAUCCCCCCGGAGAUCUUGGAGAGGACUUUGGAACCUGAUAGCUCCGAUGAAGAACCCCCGCCUGUAUACUCCCCGCCAGCCUACCACAUGCACAUGUUCGACAGGCCUUACCCGCUGGCUCCCCCCACCCCACCUCCCCGCAUCGAUGUGCUGAGCUCCGGACCUGCUUCGAGCCAGAGGCGCUAUCGUAACUGGAACCCACCACUGCUGGGCAACCUCCCGGAUGACUUUCUCCGCAUCCUGCCCCAGCAGCUGGACAGCAUUCAGGGUAACACUGGGGGCUCCAAGCCCACGAGCGGAGAGAGAGGCCUGCCCUCUGUGGCUGGGCCGGGGUCCCGGGACCAGGAGAACCGCUGGAAGCAGUACCUGGAGGACGAGAGGAUCGCGCUCUUCCUGCAGAACGAGGAGUUCAUGAAGGAGCUGCAGCGCAACCGGGACUUCCUCCUGGCCCUGGAGAGAGAUCGCUUGAAAUACGAGUCCCAGAAAUCCAAAUCCAACAGCAGCAGCAGCAGCAACAGCGUGGCUGUGGGAAAUGACUUUGGCUUUCCCUCUCCUGCCCCAGGAACCGGUGACGCCAAUCCUGCUGUGUCUGAAGAUGCCUUAUUCAGGGACAAGUUAAAACACAUGGGAAAAUCCACCCGGAGGAAGCUGUUUGAGCUGGCCAGGGCCUUCUCCGAGAAGACCAGGAUGAGGAAGUCAAAGAGGAAACACUUGUCCAAGCACCAGUCGCUGGGAGCCGCGGUGUCAACGGCUAAUCUGCUGGACGACGUGGAGGGUCACACUUGUGAUGAAGACUUCCGGGGAAGGCGUCAGGAGGCACCCAAGAUGGAGGAAGCCCUACGGGAAGGACAGUAA